AUGAGGUGUGUCGCGCCCGGAAGCCACUGCGGGAGCGAGGUCGACCCCUCGCUCACCGCGUGCUCCACGCCGACUCGGCGGAUGAGUGACUCCGCCUGGGACGAAAAAUGGCAGGCCAUGGUGCAGCACCAAAGGCUCAGGAAGGAGCAGGACGCGCAGCUGCACCAGAAACUGAAGGAGAAGCAGGAGCUGGAGGAGUUCAUCGAGUGCACGUUCACGCCUAAGACGCACUGCACGUACAAGAGCCGGUCGUCGGACGAGCUCCUCAAACUGAUGGAGCCGCUCAUAACGGAAGAGGAGCGCAUUCUCAGGGAGCUGGCCAAGCUCAACGCCGAGGAGCAGGAGAACAUACAGCUACACAGCCGCGCCUUGCGCGCCCAUAUCGCAGCUAACCAGGGCGGCGAGGGCGACGACCUCAUCCGCAUAUGCGAGCGGUACCGCGAAGAGAGGCUCAAGGAAAUCGCCAGGGUCAAGAACAGAAAGCUGGACAUCGUGGGGCUGCUGCACGAGGUGGAGCGCAAGUACAACAUCAUCUGCGUCAAGGAGCACCUCAACGAGGACGACAUGCUGCGGGCGUGCUUCAGCAUCGACUCCUGCCGCCUCAUCAAGAAGGAGAUUUUGGAUUCCGUGAAAGGAGUCGACACCCUGAAGGACAGGUCCAGGGUCACGUCGGAAAUCGACGCGAUCAUCAAGCGAGCUAAGGAGGAUGCGCAGCGCCAGCGGUCGCGCCCGCCCAACGGCCCAUUCAUGCCGGCCGGGGCCAUGCCGGGAUACCCCGUGGCGCCCCAGUGGAUGCAGCGCCCGAGCAACGGGCUGCCGUACCCGACCAUGCAGCAACCCGGGCCUAACCUGUGGUAUCGACCCGCCUUCGCCAAGGGGCACCCCCCGAUGAAUCCGCAACAGCAACCGAUGAUGAAACUGAACCCGGCGUGGAUGGGCAUGAGGCCGCAGCAAGCCCAACCGUUCAUGCGCCAACCGCAGACGGUGGCACAAACGGCCAAAAUGCAGACCCAGGGAGCGCAGCAGCCAGCACAUAUCGUGCCAAGACCCGUGUUCCAGGCUCCACAAAUGCGAGCGCAGCCCGGCAUGAUGCCGCACCCGGGCUUCGUGCCGGGCAACCCGCCCCUCGGGCUCCCACCGCAAAUGCAGCACGCGCAACCGCAGACGCUUCGCAGAAACGUUCCCAAAAAGGUACAACAGUAG